AUUUUCUUUUUGGCUUGCCGAAUACCAGAUGCGGCUCUUGUCCCUUGUGAUUUUUUUCAAGCCUUGCUGAAUUUGCUAAUAAGUUCUGAAUGUCGAGAACAGGAAGUGAAUCCCCUGGGGAGGCAGAAAGUGGAGUUAUCGAAAGUAAAAGAAAACUUCUUCCUGGAGGUGUUUCCAUCCCCACCCCACCCCCAUCCCCACCCUGUUUCAUGGGAAUUUUCUCUGGUUGUGUGGAAAAGCCUUAGGAAUUUGUAUGAAAUUAGGCAGUUCAGGGGUCCUGGCAUCGGCACUUGGUGACUGUGAUGUCGCUGGGACAGGGUGGAGCAGACUUUAUGGGCAGAAUCAAAUGGUAGUGAAGGGCAUCGAUAUUACCACGGCAACUUUACCUAGCCCUCUACAGGUGAGAAGGAACUUUCAGAUACUUUGUGUAAUCCGCUCAGCCCUAAGGUGAGUCUCUGCCUUCUGAAAGCUUAUAUUCUAUUUGGGGAAAGAAAAAAGGAAGGGAAAUGUUUGAUUUUUUUUCUUCUUUUAACCUCAAAAAACAUUUCAACUGACUCACAGCAAAAAGGCUGGGCUAAUGUUGUGUUUUGUUCAGUUAUAUCUCCAGGGCCCAGACUAUGGUAAGGACCCCAGAAUUCUUCUCUUUGGUAAGGUCAUCUGGGCCUUUCAGGUGAAGGGCCUUUGAUUCUAGAGUUUUCUAGGCUACUGAGGGUGGGGUCUGGUGGCCUCCUGGCCCAUGAAGGUGAUCUUUGUAUUCUAUGUAGAUGGGAAACCAGGAGAGUUAGCUGUGGGGGUUAGCAGACCCUCUCAGAGCCAUGAUGAGGGCUUUGCAGUUAUCAGAUCUCUCAGAAGUGCUCAACUGAUAUUUAUUGAGUGAAAACAUUAAAAUCUUCAUAAUGAACCCUGAAAAAUCUGUGAAUUCCUGAAAUAUGGAAAGAAAGGGUUCGUAGUUACCAUUCAGUCCAAACUUUCUCAUUUUGGAAGGUGGUAAUGAGGUCCCAAAGGCAAAAUGACCCGUCCAAAAUCUCGCAGACAGAGUCAAAGCUCAGGGGGCCAGGCUCCCCACCCAGCCCCCUGUCCCAUGUUCCUCUAGGACUCUUUUGAGCUCUGGGAGGAGGUGCUACUCGGAGGCGAGUUGGCCUCAGUCAGCCUAUAUGACUCAGAUAUUUCAAAACAGGAAGUAGAGCGAGCUGUGCCUCGUUCUUCCUCAGUUCUUCUGAAGCUCUUUCUUUAGAAACAUCAGGAAACAGGGGUCUGUGAAGAAGCUGCUGCCACUGUGAGGGUCCCAGGAUUCGCUUCUUUGCUAAGGCUGCAAUUAACAUUCUCCUGACACUUGACCAACAUGGAUUUCAGUAAAUGUCUGUAUAAUAUUGGGGAACAGCUGGGCAGUGAUGAGCUGGCCUCCCUCAAAUUCCUGAGCCUGGACUACAUCCCACAAAAGAAGCAAGAACCCAUCAAAGAUGCCUUGAUGUUAUUCCAGAGACUCCAGGAAAAGAGAAUGUUGGAGGAAAGCAACCUGUCCUUCUUGAAGGAGCUGCUUUUCCGAAUUAAUAGACUGGACCUGCUGUUCAACUACCUGAACACCAGCAAGGAAGCAAUGGAGCAGGAGCUUCAGAUACCAGGCAGAGCCCAGAUCCCUCCCUACAGGGUCAUGCUUUUUCAGAUUUCAGAAGAUGUAAACAAAUUGGAAUUGAGGUCGUUUAAGUUUCUUUUGAGCCAGGAGAUCUCCAGAUGUAAAGUGGAUGAUGAUAUGAACUUGCUUGAUAUUUUCAUAGAGAUGGAAAAGAGGGUCAUCCUAGGGGAAAGAAAUUUGGACACUCUGAAAAGAAUCUGUGACCAAAUCAACAAGAGCCUGCUGAAGAAAAUCACUGAUUAUGAAGAAUUAAGCAGAGAGGGAAGAAUGAGCCUUCAAAGAAGUCCAGAUGAAUUGUCAAAUGGGGAGGAAUCCCUGGCAAUGAUGGCAUUAUCGGACUCUCUAGAAGAACAGGACAGUGAGUCACAGACAUCGGACAAAGUUUACCGAAUGAAAAGCAAACCUCGCGGAUAUUGUUUGAUCUUUAACAAUUAUGAUUUUAGCAGAGCACGGAAGGAUGUGCCCAAACUUCAGAACAUUAAGGAUAGGAAUGGAACAAACUUCGAUGCAGAAGCUUUGAGUAAGACCUUUAGUGAGCUUCAUUUUGAGAUUGUGAAUUUCAAAGACUCUACAGCAAAGACAAUCUGUGAAGUUCUGAAAUCCUACCAAAGAAUGGACCAUAAUAACAAAGAUUGCUUCAUCUGCUGUAUCCUCUCCCAUGGAGACAAAGGCAUUAUUUAUGGCUCUGAUGGGCAGGAAGCCCCCAUCUAUGAGCUGACUUCUUACUUCACUGGUUCAAAGUGCCCUUCCCUUGCAGGCAAGCCCAAAAUCUUUUUUAUUCAGGCUUGUCAAGGGGAUAACUACCAGAGAGGUAUAGCUGUUGAGACUGACUCUGAACAGAAGGAAGACUACUUAGAAAUGGACUCAUCAUUUCAGAAGAGAUAUAUCCCAGAUGAGGCUGAUUUUCUGCUGGGGAUGGCCACUGUGAACAACUGUGUUUCCUACCGAAACCCUACGGAGGGGACCUGGUAUAUCCAGUCACUUUGCCAGAGCCUAAGAGAAAGAUGUCCUAGGGGCGAAGAUAUCCUCACCAUCCUUACUGAGGUGAACUUUGAAGUGAGCAAUAAGGAUGACAAGAAAAACAUGGGGAAACAAAUGCCACAACCUACUUUCACACUGAGGAAAAAACUCUUCUUCCCUCUUAAUUGAUGCUGUUUAGUUGCAUAACACUAUGCUUAAUUUAUUUGUUAGUAAAAUGCUGCUAUCAGCUUAUUUUUUUUUUUUUUCUUUUGGAUGGCAGGAAGGGGAGAGAAUGGAAGUCAGGACAACUUAAUUCCUAUGCAAAUUCAAGCCUAAAUCUCUGGCUUUGCAAUAAUAGCUACUGGAGAUUGAUAGCCACAGGCAUGGUUUUAAUUUUAUUUUUGAUUCAAUGAAAAGUUCCUAAAAAACUUACAGUAGAUAAAAAAUACAAUAAGCAUAAAUGAAAUGUAACAUCAUAAAGUUCAAAAGCAGUGGCAGAAUGUUCUUUGUACAUCUCUCAUCUGCUUUCAACCUAGAAUCAUUUUUCUAAAUGUUUGUGAGAGACACAGAGCAUGAGUGGUGGGGGUGGAGGUGGGCAGAGAGAGAGACACACACACAGAAUCUGAAGCAGGCUCCAGGCUCUGAGCUGUCAGCCCAGAGCCCCACACAGGGCUUGAACUCAUGAACUGUGAGGUGAUGACCUGGGCCAAAGUUGGGCACUUAGCCGGCAGAGCCACCCAGGCACCUCUCAACCUAGAGUCAUUGAUUCCCUUCAAAUUGUUAAGCAUUAAAUAAAUAAAAAAUAAAAUAAAAUAAAAGGAUGUUAUUCCAAAGCUUUAACCUGGGACACAGAGUUAAUGGUGGUGCAGAGAUUUCAUAAGGCAUAAGAAGACUGGAAGUGGAGAAAGCAAUUUCCCACUUGAGGACUCAGAAUUAAGUGAAUGUUGUUCAAGUAUUGGGAGAGGAUGUUAAGAAAACCAUAAUUCUCCUCCUUUCCGUGAAAGAACUAAUUCCUCAUUCUUGGUUCCUAUGAGAAUUUGUCAGGCUUACAUUCCUGCUAACUGGAUGCGAUUCUAUGGGGCAGAAUGUGAGGUACAACUGUAAAAGGUGUCGUUAAAAAGGAGACAGUAGGCCCCAAAUGGAGUCCCUUGUGCUAAACUUCAUGUCAGCAAAUUAAGACUUAAUACCUAACCAAAAUGCAAUUCCCCAGGAAUAUAAUCUUUAGUCAGUCAACAUGGAAUCACCUGAUUAGCACUGGUGAAAUAAUCCUCCUGAUUAACUCUUUCCAUUCCCCUUAGGAAAGUGACCUAAUUCAAUUUGAUCUUUAAAUUUACUCAGUUGAAUUUCUGUUGUUUAACAGUAUGCAGGGGGAUGCCAGUGACCUCCUCUCAAAGGUCACUGAGGGAGAUUUUGUGAUCUGACCUAGCUAAGAAAACAAACAAACAAAAACCUACCUCGUGUGUAAUGCUCCCACAUCCAACCUGAGCUCUUCUGGCAUGUGUGCUGGGCAAUCUCAGAAACAUGUGAGCCUCCUCUCCUGAGUUAUGAGGAAACCCUGAUUUCAGACACCAUGACUCUGUCUAGAUUUAGAUUAUACAAAACUGAGGAAUGAUUUUCCUUGUUCUUAUUAUUUAUAAGUACAAUUAACCUCACUUUUGAAGGAACUGAUGUUAAUGGCAUAUGAAUUUUAUUUUUUGUACUUCCAGUCUCUCCCUUUCCAAGCCAUCCUCUACACUAAUUUAUAAGUUUUUAAAAAAAUUUUUUUAACGUUUAUUCAUUUUUUGAUAGAAACAGAGUGUGAAUGGGGGAGGGGAAGAGAGAGAGGGAGACAUAGAAUCCCUAGCAGGCUUCAGGCUCUGAACUGACAGCACAGAACCUGAUGCAGGGCUCGAACUCACGGACCUUGAGAUCAUGACCUGAGCUGAAGUCGGACGCUUAACCGACUGAGCCACCCUGGCGCCCCUGUAAGUUUUUUUAAAUAUAAAUUUGAAGAUGUAAUUUCUUAUGUUAAAAGCUUUUUUACCAAUUGAUUUGCUUUUGUUCUAACAAUAUUGUGUCCCUUUCAUGUAUUUGCAUUUGCUCUUUCUUUAUGUGUUAAUUCUACAUCUUUAUAAACUUAAAAAAAAACUGUUUCUUUAAAGAAUGUUUUUUGAAUAGUAUUUCUUUUCAAUAAUGUUUUUAACAUUAUAAAAUAGAAUUUUAACUUACUGUUGGUUGGAGAUUGUUUUGUUCAUUUUGUUUUUGUUUUUUGUCAUUGACCUCUCACAGGUGGAAAAUAUUUGGAUCGUAGAUAUGUUUUACUUUAGUUCCCCAGUGUUGGCUCAUACAGUUGUAAAUUUUAAAAAUUUAUUGCCCAUCUUUUCAUGUGUCUGUUGGCCAUCUGGAUGUUUUCUUUGGAAAAGUGUCUAUUUAUGCCUUCUGCUCAUUUCUUCACUGGAUUCUUUGUUUUUCAGGUGUUGAGUUUGGUAAGUUCUUUAUAGAUUUUGGGUCUGAGUGGCUAAAAUUAACAACUCAGAAAUAACAGAUGUUGGUGAGGAUGUGAAGAAAUGGGAGCCCUCUUGCACUGCUGGUGGGAAUGCAAACUGGUGCAGCUGCUCUGGAAAACAGUGUGGAGGUUCCUCAAAAAAUUAAAAAUAGAAUUACCCUACAACCCAGCAAUAGCACUACUAGGAAUUUAUCUAAAAGAUACAGGAGUGCUGAUGCAUAGGGGCACUCGUACCCCAAUGUUUAUAGCAGUGUUUUCAACAAUAGCCAAAUUAUGCAAAGAGCCCAUAUGUCCAUCAACUGAUGAAAGGAUAAAGAAGAUGUGGUUUAUAUAUACAAUGGAAUACUACUUGGCAAUGAGAAAGAAUGAAAUCCUGCCAUUUGCAGCAAUGUGGAUAGAACUGGAGGGUAUUAUGCUAAGUGAAAUAAGUCAGAGAAAGACAGAUAUCAUAUGUUUUCACUCAUAUGUGGAACUUAAGAAAGUUAACAGAAGACCAGGGGGGAAGGGAAGGAGAAAAAUAGUUUCAAAUAGAGAGGGAGGCAAACCAUAAGAGAUUCUUAAAUACAGAGAACAAA